CCAAAAAGUCUUAAGGAAAAAAAAGUAAAAGAAACAGUAACUUCUUUCCACCAACCACACAAAUAAUAACGUAAUCCGAUUGUAAGAAGAAGACUUUCUUUUUGCAAAACAUUCUUUUCAAAAACGAGAAACGACCGCCGUCGCCGGGAAGUGACGUCACCUCCAAACCUGCCAAAUGGGUGCCACAGACCCCGUAAAGGCUGUGGAAGAGAGAGAAAACAGAGGAGAAGAAGAAACAGAGAAGAAGAAGAAACAGAGAGGAGUAAAAGCUGUGGAGGAGGAAGGAGAUAAAGACGAACUCAAUCACCACAGAUUCUUAGCGAGCUUGAACAGAUUGAACCCAACGAACCCUCUUAGGGUCAUCGUUAACAAUGGCGGAGGCGGUAGAUUCACUACUCCGCCUCCUAACCCCGCGCAGCCGCUCCGAUCUUCCUCAAGAGCUCCUCCGCCGAUUCAGAUUCCUCCCGUUCGCGCGCAACCGCCGGAAGAGCCUCCGCCUCCGCCGUCUCCGUCUCCGUCAACACCACCGCCGCCUCCGCUUCAGCACCAGUCUCGUUCCCUCUUCACACAAACCCCUCAAGAAACUUUGGCGUCGUUGAACUCAUCAAAGUACACAAACAAAUUCUUUCUCUUCCUCUUCAUCCUUCACAAGAUCGUUGCCAUCGGUUUCGUAUGCUUCCUCGUCUUCAGAGGCGUCCAGGGUCUAAUCGGCUCCAACGGAACCGUCAAAAGAAAAGAGCAACGGAUCCUCAGAUUCUUACUUCCACAAGUCGAAGCCGCAUCUCUGCUAAGCAUCCUCCUCGCCUUCUCCUGGCAAAUGGCUAUCCGUCUCUGGCCUGACUUCAUGAUCCACUUCAUACUCUGGAGCACGUUCCUCAUGUCUCUCUCCUCGGGGAUCCUCUUGCUCUGUUUCCAGAUGCCAGCAACCGAUGCCGUCGGUGUCGCCCUCAUCGCCUUCUCCAUCGGAAACGGUUUAUACGCUUGCUGGGUCACUCGCAGGAUCAAGUUCUGUUCCAAGAUAUUAGUCAAGUCGUUAGAGCCCGUUUCGAAGUUCUCCGAUCUCAACCUACCAACCUACUACAUGCUAGCCGCUGGUUUCUUCUGGAUGUCGCUUUGGAUCUUCGGCGUCAUCGGUGCGUUGAACUUUUACUUCCCGCCGCUGGUGGUUAUCGGUUUGGUGUUGAGCUUGGCUUGGACGACGGAGGUGAUGAGGAACGUUGUGAAUCUUACCGUGAGUAGAGUCGUCGCUCUGUUCUAUCUUAGAGGGAUGCAGUCUAGUACGAGGUUUAGUUUCCAGAGAGCCUUGUCUCGUAACUUGGGGAGCGCGUGCUUGGGUUCUCUCUUUGUUCCGACGAUCGAAGCCCUUAGGAUCUUGGCGAGAGGGUUGAGUUUGCUCAAGGGUGAGGAUGAGUUCAUGUUUUGCUGCGCUAACUGCUGUCUUAAACUCAUGACGUUCAUAUUCGAGCACGGCAAUGGAUGGGCCUUUGUGCAGAUAGCAGCGUAUGGGAAAGGGUUUGUGAGGGCGUCACAAGACACGUGGAAACUGUUUGAGGAUGUAGAUAUGGUUGAGAUUGUAGAUGCAGACAUAACAAGCUCUAUAUGUUUCCUCACAGGGAUAUGCAGUGGCUGCGUAUGUGUUAUUGUCGCGGCGGCUUGGACACACACAGUUUACAAGCCUUUUACAGCCACAAUCUCCUUACUUGCUUUCUUCAUUGGUUACCUCAUGACGAGGAUCUCAAUGGCGUUGCCUCACGCAUGCGUGAGUUGCUACUACGCAUGCUACGCUGAGAAUCCAGAGAGCAGAUUUUUUGACAAAACCAUAAAAGAUAGACAAGCUUUGAUCAAAAAUGGUCGUGUUGUUGUUCACACACCUAGAGUCCGCCGUGCUCUAGCCUAGCCCGGUCCUGGCUGCUUAACUCUCUUCUUCUUCUUGUUUUUUCAUUCCUGCCUAAUUGAAAUGGUAAGGUGUUAAGAAAAAAUCAGAAACCAAAAUUAGGUUUUUAAAAAAAAAUGUAUUUAAAAUUUGAUAAUUAAUUUAGUAAAUAUCUGUGAGGGUGGGGAAGAAAGAAUGUGGUUCAUGACUUCAUGUCCUGAACACAAUCCAACUAAGCAAAGUUUGUUGAGCCUUUUUUUUUUCAUUAUUGUUGUUGAAACUAGGGUUGGGCGUUCGGGUACCCAUUCGGGUUUCGGUUCAGUCCAUUCGGGUUUCGGGUUUUCGGGGUCAAAGAUUUCAGUCCCAUUCGGAUAUUUCUAAAUUUUGGUUCGGGGUCGGUUCGGAUCUUUGCGGGUUCGGUUCGGGUUCGGAUAACCCAUUUAAAAUAUUUUUAAAUUUUCAAAAUUCAUUAUAUACUUUAAAUUUUCAAAAUCUAUAAGAAAGAUAAUAUAUUACAUAUAAAUUUUCAUAACAUAUAUGUCAAAAUAUCUUAAUUUAAUAUAUAAAUUGGUUUUCUUUGAAUAUUUGGAUAAAGAAUCAAUAGAUAUUUAACUAUUUUGGUGUUUUCAGUAUACUUUAGCUAUUUUAAACAUUUACUUUUGACUAUUUGCAUAUAUUUUCCGAGUAUUUUGGAAAAUUUAAAGGUAUCUUAUAUAUUUUAAUAAUUUUAAUAUACAUUAUAUAUAAAAAUAAUGUAUAUAUUUAAGUAUAUAAAUUUAUUUCGGAUACAUUCGGGUACCCAAAAUAUUUCGGUUCGGAUCGGGUUCGGUUUCGGUUCUUUAAAUACCGAAAUUUUGAACCCAUUCGGAUAUUUAAUCAAUUUCGGUUCGGAUUCGGUGCUACUUUUUCGGAUCGGGUUCGGUUUGUUUUUUCGGGUUCGGAUUUUUUGCCCACCCCUAGUUGAAACCCCUUCAAUGACUUUCUGUACAUAUAUUUACUUCUUCAAUUAUUUGUUGGUUCCUAUCUGUAACAACAUGGGUAUAUAAGGUGUUGAUUAUUUAUUUAUAAUUAUGACAUCAUGCAUCUGCAUAGAUACGUUGAUGUAAACAUAUUGAUGAAUAUUGUUCCUAUAAAAUUAUUUCGUUUAUA